UGACUAAAUGGCAGAAUGCACUUGUUCCGAACUAUAAGAGGAGGGAGCAUUUCACUUUGGAGGAACGAGCUGCACAGCAUGGAGUCAUUCCAGGAAGCAUUCCCGUGGUUUGGUAUGGAUAUUGGUGGAACCCUGGUUAAGCUGGUCUACUUUGAACCAAAGGAUAUCACGGCAGAAGAAGAACAGGAAGAAGUGGAGAACCUGAAGAGCAUCCGGAAGUAUCUGACUUCUAACACUGCCUAUGGCAAAACUGGGAUCCGAGACGUCCACCUGGAGCUGAAAAACCUGACCAUGUGCGGGCGCAAAGGGAACCUGCACUUCAUUCGCUUCCCCACCUGUGCCAUGCACAUGUUCAUCCAGAUGGGCAGCGAGAAGAACUUCUCCAGCCUCCACACCACCCUCUGUGCCACGGGAGGCGGGGCCUUCAAGUUUGAAGAGGACUUCAGAAUGAUUGCGGACCUGCAACUGCACAAACUGGACGAACUGGACUGCUUGAUUCAGGGCCUGCUUUAUGUUGACUCGGUUGGCUUCAACGGCAAGCCGGAAUGUUACUAUUUUGAGAACCCCACCAAUCCCGAGUUGUGUCAAAAGAAGCCAUACUGCCUUGAUAACCCAUACCCCAUGUUGCUGGUUAACAUGGGCUCAGGUGUCAGCAUUCUAGCUGUGUACUCCAAGGACAACUACAAAAGAGUUACUGGGACCAGUCUUGGAGGCGGGACAUUCCUAGGCCUGUGUUGCUUGCUGACUGGUUGUGAGACCUUUGAAGAAGCUCUGGAGAUGGCAGCUAAAGGCGACAGCACCAAUGUUGAUAAGCUGGUGAAGGACAUUUACGGAGGAGACUAUGAACGAUUUGGCCUUCAAGGAUCUGCUGUAGCAUCAAGCUUUGGCAACAUGAUGAGUAAAGAAAAGAGAGAGUCCAUCAGCAAGGAGGACCUCGCCCGUGCCACCCUGGUCACCAUCACCAACAACAUCGGCUCCAUUGCUCGGAUGUGUGCACUGAAUGAGAAUAUUGACAAAGUAGUAUUUGUUGGGAACUUUCUCAGAAUCAAUAUGGUCUCGAUGAAGUUGCUAGCAUAUGCCAUGGACUUUUGGUCUAAAGGACAACUGAAAGCACUGUUUUUGGAACAUGAGGGUUAUUUUGGAGCAGUUGGGGCCCUGUUGGAACUGUUCAAAAUGACGGAUGCGCAGUAGAUGAAGCAGCCUCCGAUGAGGACAGAGGACUGACAGACACUGCCAGAGAAGGUGACAUCUUGGGACAGAAGCCAAGCCACUGUGGUGGAUGAACCUGCUGUAUUUGUAAAUAACUGAAAAUUUUUUGCUCUUAGGUUUCAAGCUUAUGAUACAAGAUGGGGAAUAUAAUAAUUUUUUUCUGUAUACUGUAUUUUUUAAAAAAAGAAAUUGUGCAGCGUGGCCAAAGUUACCAAUUUCAUGCAUUAACUUUGAAAAGUUGUGUGAUGUGCAAGAGGGGCCUGAAUUGAAAGCGCUGUCCAUUUUUCUUCUGGGGUUUACUGAUCAGUGUGGUAAUUUUAACUUCAUUUAGUAAUUACUCUAGGAGAUUCUACCUUUACUUAUAUUUUUUCAUGAUGUUUCAUGAUUUGCUCUUGGUUUCAAAUGAAACUACGAAUCUGGCAUGUUGCACUGUGAACACUUUGUUUGUUUUCUCUCUCUCUCUCUCUCUCUCUCUCUCUCUCUUUAUUCUUUCUGUUUCAGUGUCUUAGGACAAAAAGAAGUCCUCCCGUUUUUGUUCCCUGUGGUCUCCCUCUUAUCUAUAUGCUUUGCUUGUUGUAAUUGCUCGUGUCAAUGAAGGUGCUGACCAACUCAACACAAAGUUAAACACAUAAUCUAACGUUCUAAAACUGUGACCGCAGUGAGAAGACUUUAAAGGGAAGGGUUGGUGGAAGUGGCAGAUACUGAACAUGAUAUGCAAUUUCAUCUUUGUCUCCUUACCCCUCCUAGCUAUAACGUUUCGUUGGAUUUACUCUACACUAAGUUGAAGUAGUCUGUCAUCAGACGUCCUCAUUCACGUAUGGCAUAUGAAUGGCACCAGAUCCCUAUGAAAGUUUGGAGGGGCUCCCAUAGCUCAUUUGGUCACACUAGAUUUAGGGAGGUCGUCAGUUGAGGUGUCAGAAAUGAGUGCUUUGUUCGUGUUUGUACCCAGGAGCCCUGUAACAAGAAGACAGCAUGAGGAAUAAUGUUAAGGUUUUCUUUUUUUAAUUUCUGUUUUAGUAUUUAAACCGAGAUUUGUAUUUUAUUUCAUUUCUAAAACUUAAAAGUAAUUUAUGAUACUCACAUAUGCAGACACUUCCUUCUGAAAGAUUUUCAUUAAGAUAGAUGGGUCACUUUCAAAUGAGGGUGUUGUACACACACUGUCACACAAGAUCUGACCGUCUUCUGGAUUGAGGGUACCCUUGCAAGGGCUUUCUGAAGGGCAAUGCAGUUACUCCUUGGUCAGUCAUCACCUCUCUGCCUUGAGAAGCACCACCUUUCAUCUCCAUAUCCUCGAGUCUUGAAGGAGUUGAUGCUAAUGGAAGAAUUCACUUGUCUGGUUUAAAUAAAGCCCGUUUUCGUUGGGA